GCGAAAGAGGAAGUAGAGAGAAACAUUCACCUGAAAGCGGGCAGGGACGCCAACAGCUGGACGGUCCGGCACCCAAGCACUGCCCCGAGGUUUAUUUUAGAGCGGACCUCUGAUAAACACACAGAAGUGGGAUGAAAGAUGAUGAGAAGCGCGCUGUAAUGGACCUGCCAGAAGAAAUCCUCGCCUAUAUCUUCUCGUUUCUCCCGCUAAGGGACAAAUACAAUGCCUUCACGGUGUGUAGGACAUGGUCCAACAUCAUGACCUGUCCCAGUGCCUGGACACAGACGGAGGUCAGAUGUGAUUCAGAAGCUAGCAUCCCUGAGAACUUCUCCGCCUUUCUGCCUUUAGUCAGACACUUGAAGCUGAGUGUCAGUGUGACUGAGGCUGCCAGUCGGGAGACUGGACUCUGGGUCCUCCGCCAGGCCUUUUCUGGAGGUGAUGGACGGCUGCAAGUGCUGUGCGUGAACUGCUUAGGAAACCCACCCCUGUUCUACGCGGGACAGGACCUGCUACAGGGUUUGGUGGACGUACUGACGGAUGGUUCGUCCCUCAUGGAGCUCGACCUGAGGGGUGUGCCUUUUACUUUGAGUGAUGCAUUUGUGAAGGGCGUGGCUGCACUUUGCCCCGCCCUUCGACGUCUCUUCAUCAAUAAUAAUUCCCUGGUUUGUGGCGUCGUGGCCGAGACAGUGAGGGAGGUACUGAAGCUCUGCCCAGCCCUGAACACUAUAGGGCUCUUCCAGGCCAGCCUGUCUCAACACGUCUUCCAAGACCUCCUGUCACCCCAGCAGUCAGCGCUGAAGCGGCUCGAACUGCGCUGCGAGCGCUCCCUGAAAUAUGCCACACCCAUCCGUGAUCAAACGUGGGCAGAGGUGAGGCGCAGGCACCCAGCAUUAGUUGUGGAUCUCGAGCUGGAUCACACCCUUCCGGAGCUGCACGUUCCAGCUGUGCUGCAGCCCAGCAUCCCUGUUCGCCAGCUGCGCCUGCUCACCUGGACGUGGCUGCUGGAUGAAGUGCGCCUGGUGGGGCAGAGUUACGCAAAUACUCUAGAGGCCCUGGAAGUGCAGACCACACCCUCCCCAGAGCUUAACGAUGCACUGGUCGCCUUGGCAACACAGUGCACAAAGCUGCAAGAGGUGCACUGCUACUGCGUGGUGUCAACGGAGGUCAUAACAGCCUUCCGCACACACUGCCCUGACCUUCGCAGAUACACGCUCAAAACACGCAAAGAGCAACACCCAUGGACCUACACCUCACUCAGAUAACACAGAGGCAGAUUGCUACACACAAAUACAUCCUAAGGCGUGCCUGAAUCUACCACUAAUGCACAAAGGUUUACAUUAUGAAUGUGAUGCACAGUUCACGUAGUCGUAUGGGGUGUUGAACGUUAAUGUUCCAUCACCCAUCACAGCAACUGCAGUCUAAUAAAUAUAAACAUCCGUUUAAGUUUACGAGACCUCUACUGAGCAAACCAAAGCCUCAAAGCUAAAAUCUUUAAAAACAUGAAGACACAGUGAGAUAAAACGUGAACCCACUCUCCUCAGAGCGGCACAGGAGAGUAAUGAUGACGCGAGUACUACACGCAAGAUUAAACAGAAAUUCAAAUCAUACAGAAGAUCCACGAUAAUCAGAACGAGUCAUUUGUGAACCUGCAAUGCGAGAUGUUCAACGAGGCAUUGCAAAAUCACUUAACACACUUCUCAACGUAGCACGUAACACGUCCUCAGUACUGUAUAAAUAACAGAAUAACAGAAAUAAUAAAUGACAGAAAAGAGACUCUCAGUCUUUAGUGCAACUUUCUGUGAUUUGAAUCUUUAUUGUCCACGUUUGAUAUCCAGCCUUGUUCAUUCAUAGUAAGUAAAGGAGAAAUCGUAGAACGCUGCGUCUUUCUGGUCAGCGCUGCUGUGAUUGAUGUGUUUGACGAACCUGAGAGUUUCUUUGUCUCUGUAGACCAGAGCCAUGGAGUUAUCCUCUGGAUACACAGUCAGGAGCUGACAACAAACAAUGCAGACAUACCGGAGAAAUGACUAGUAGCCCUACACCAAAUGUCUGAUUGUUACGUACUGAUGAGAUAAAAUGAUUGUAGUGUGUUAAAAUUUUUGCACAUAUUUACAACAGCACCCUUUCCAUCACCCUCAUCUGCGACUGUAACAGCACCUUGAGAAAUAUUAAGGAAUACAUGAAGGUUGAGUAAACAACAUUACUGUGCGAUACAAACACUGACCUCUUCAUCUUCAUCAUGUGCAAUAUAGGAAGUGAAGCCUCCAAACUCUGCCUUCCAACCUGAAAGACAACACAACAAAAUAACAAGACAGGGAAAAAAAAAAGUACCGUGGAUCAUUCUGUACUAAAUAAUUUUAGACCAUUCUUUUCUAAGUAUUUAAAUCCAGCGUCUUGAAUGCUGGGGCAGCCUCUCGGACACGGUUUUGGAAUGGUUUAAAUCAUAUUUAAGUAAUAGACAGUUGAUGGUUUCACUUGGAAAUCAUUCAUCAAAUAGAUUUGCCAAUUCUCAUGGAGUCCCUCAAGGUUCAGUCUUUGGGUCUUUGCUUUCCCUUUGUACAUGCUACCCCUAGGUGAUGUCACUAGGAAGCACAGUAUAAAUUUUCAUAGCUGUGUUGAUGAAACCCAGCUAUACAUUUCUAUUCCUUCUGAAGAUCAAGACUCUGUGGUCAGACUGACCAGCUGUGUGUCAGAUGUUUCUCAGUGGAUGUCGCAAAAGUUUCUACAAUUAAAUCAUGAAAAAACUGAAAUACUGAUCAUUUGUAGAGAAACUCUGAGAAAAAUUCUUUUUGAGAAACUUUGUUCUUUUGCUUCUUAUACCAAACCUGAAGUACGAAAGCUGGGUGUGGUCCUAGACUCUGAGCUGUUUUACACCGCAUGUAAACAAAGUCACCAAAGUAGCUUUUUAUCAUUUUAGAAAUAUCGCUAAAGUUCGGCCUUUUCUACCUCAGAGCGACGCAGAGAAACUUAUUCAUGCAUUUGUUACAGCAGAGUUGAUCACUGUAAUGAUCUUCUUACUGGACUUCCUAAGAAAACUAUACAUCCCUUACAGCUUGUACAAAACGCAGCAUCCUGACAAAAACAAAGGGAGAUCAGAUGAUUCCUGUUUUAAAAGAACCGCACUGGCUGUCUGUAUCAUUCAGGAUCGAUUUCAAGGUUCUGCUACUGGUCUUUAAAGCUCAAACCAACCCUAAAGCACCUGCUUAGAUCAGAGUGUCUGUCUGUUUAUGAUCCGGCACGUAAUCAGAUAGUGGCCUUCUACAAAUACAGAAAACAUGGAGAGGCGUCUUUCAGUUAUUAAGCAUCUGAACUGUGGAGCUCAGUGCUCACUUUUAGGAAACGUCUCUCUUUAAAUCAGCAUUUAAUUAAAACUGAAUGUCUCGUGGUGUUUGUCUUCUAAUUUGAUUUUUUUCAUUUUCUUCUAAAUAAAUACUAAUGACUUCUUGCCUAUGUUUUAUCACCUGUCUGUAAAGCACUCUGAGCUGCCACCAGCACUAAAAACGCUAUAUAAAUAAAAAUUAUUAUAGAAAAAGAUAAAAACAUUCACUUUAAAAGUGCUCUCUACUUCCGAGUGCCACAAUGUUAGUGUCGGUUUCCUGUCUUGCACGGCCUCAGCACUGCACAAUACGCAGCUCUGUAAUACGGACAUUUCCCUCUAACCUACCGAAGCUGGAAGCAUUCAGACGACUGUUUCCAUGAGUGUUUUCAUGAUUCUGCAUAAAAAGUGAUUGAAGAAAUAAAUGAUUUUAACCAGAGUAACACGGA